UAUAGAUUAAACCACCCAUAGUUUUUCCAUUAGCAGUUAACAAAUAUUUGUAAAUCCUAAUCCAACCGACACCACAUGGCAUCUCGCUCCAACAUAGACACUCUUCCAUACGACAUUGUCUCAAAAAUUUUGUCCUACACAUCACCACAAGACGCGUGUGGAUUCUCAAUGGUUUCCUCAACUUUGCACUCAGUGGCUGAUUCUAACACACUCUGGCAAAGUUUCUUACCCUCUGACUAUGAUGAUAUCAUCUCAAGAACCGUUAUUCCUCUCAUUCUUCAAUCUUCUUCAUAUAAACAUCUUUUUUACUCUCUAUGCCAACAUCCCCUUCUCCUAGACAGGGGCCUUAUGAGCUUUAAAUUGGACAAGUCUUCGGGUAAAAAAUCUUAUAUUCUAUCUGCAAGAAAAUUGUCAAUUUCAUGGAGCAGUGAUCCAUUGUAUUGGAGUUGGAGACCAACGCCUGAAUCAAGAUUCGAAGAGGCAGCUGAGUUAAGAUCAGUGAGCUGGUUAGAAAUUAAUGGGAAAAUAAGGACCCGAAUUCUAACACCAAACACAACUUACGCUGUUUAUCUCAUCACAAAUGUUUCUCAUCGUCGCUAUGGACUUGAUUCUGCGCCAGCUGAGGUAUCAGUUGAAGUGUCCAACAAAGUACUAAAUGGAAAGGCAUAUUUGUACCAAAACAUAUUCAUCGAAGAUAUUAAUAAUGAAAUUCGAGUUCCUUCCAAAAGAGAUGAUGGGUGGAUGGAAAUUGAAUUGGGUGAGUUUUUAUGUGGUGAAGCUGAUGAGGAGGUUAAGGUUAGUGUUAGGGAGGUUGGUUAUCAAUUAAAGGGUGGCCUCAUUGUUGAAGGAAUUGAAGUUAGACCCAAAAUUUUGGUUUGAUUAAAUCACAAGGGCAAUUUUCUUUUGUUGCCAAGAAAGCAUUCUUGUGAAUAAACUUUAAAAUGAAUAAUGAUUAAAUCAUAUCUACAUGUAUAAAUAAUAAUGUCAAUAUUUAUAUUAUUAGAGUUUAAUUCUUUUUAACAAGUCAAAAUAAAAUUGGAUAUAGUUACCGCGUGGCACAGUAGUUGAUUUCAACAGUUCAAUUUAAAUUAAGUCAAAUGUUAUAAGUGUUUCAAAUAUAUGUAUUAGUGGUCUAAGUAUAGAAAUUCAUGAUGUAUGAAUCUUGUGUAUUUAACUUUUUCAAAAAGUAUAAAUUUUGAUUUUAAGUA